AUGAAAGCUGGCAAAAAUCUUUCCGCUCCGCUCAACUCUCAAGCCUGGUCCAUUAAUUCCCGCAUUUGGAUGCGCCUUAAAGCUGCAGAGCUCCAAUUUAUGAAAUACUCCGACCAAUUUCCUUUUGUUCCACCACCUGGGUCUUCAAAAAUUGCAUCGGGGGCUACUCAGCCUCUAUGUAUGAGUGGAUUAGACAUUCUAAGCCGUCAGCUUUUGGCAUGCGAAAUCUAUGCGAAACCGGAAAAGGUUAGUCUUGAACUUACACGGGAACAUCUUCAGACAGGCGUGGAUACGAAGAAGCUUAGUUCUACCACAACCAAUUUGAAAGAGGAUGGUGAUAGGAAUAAUGAUGCUUCUUCAAUUAUGAGCUUUGGGAAGUCAAUGAAUAUGGAAUUUAAGACCAAUCAUACGCCAAAACUAGAUGCAGUGCAAGCCAAGCAAGUCUACUCGCCCGAUCGACAAUUGCUCCCCCACGACCCUUCCUCUCCUAGGGUCUUCCAACGUGUUGCUCUCACUUCGGACCCACUUACUGGUGGCUCCACAUCAUCUCCCAACUCUCCGGGAUCCAAUAUUGGAUACAACCUACUGCCAAACAAGUGUACUCGGGAGCAGUCUGAUUCUAAGUCUGUAACAUCCGACGAGCCAUUAAACUCCUUAACCAGUGCUCACGGCGUUACCCCUUCUUCCUCUUUUUCGUCUGCAGUUGCUCUUGUUUCUGGUGGCCACCUUCUCCGUCUAUGUCGCCAUGCUCCAAUAAGUGUAGAGGAGGUUCGUCUAGCAGCACACAUUGUGGUUAAACUCCAGACACAACUUAUCAUCCGUCUCGCUGCCUAUCUUCUGGAAGGGGAUAUGCAAGGUCACUGUGAUUCCGCCUCACGAGAAUCUGAAGGACUGCGCCUUUUGAGUUUGCUUCACUGGCAUUGCCUGCAUCUUUCCCAACUCUCUUCACUCAGCCUUGGCCUUAUUUGGCCGAUCGCUAACUCUGAUCCUGGUUCUGAGCCUAGUCCUCAUCACAAGACUGCGGCAAUUAAUCUCUGGCAGGAUCAAGUUUUUGGGCAACUUGAGUUUAUCAACAACUGUCCUGGUUUCACUCGGCUCCUUCCUGGAUUGGCGAUGGAUCUUCUCUGGCUGGUUGACCAGUGCAUGCUGGCAAACAAGCAUACCAAUUGCAAUCAUCGCCUUGCCGAAGAUUGUAUCCCUACUGUUCCCAAAGCUUAUCAUGGAAAUAAUGAUGAAAGUAGUGGAGCUACUUUGCGAGAGGCUUUUCUUGAUCUCGACUUACUUGGAAAGCUUUGUUUGACUCGCCACUUUACUGGCCUAGAUGUAUUUUCCCAAGACAAGUUGUACAUUGGACGUUCUAAAGGAUCCCUUCAUGAAACUAAUGCCUCUGCGAAUUCGUCCAUCAAUUCAUUUGGCGUACCAGAGGCAACAAUGCCAAUUAUAAAUAAUAGAUCUGAGCAAGUGCUUCUUGGAUCAGAGUCUCAGGUCCUGUCUAGCCUUAUGUCACCGCAUAACUCUGUCACAAAAAACGAUGAUGAGAUCAUAGUGGAUUUGAAAGAAGAGGAAGCAAAGGAAGAUAGAGAAAAGGAGAUGAAGCAGAAAGCAGAAGAUUGUAGAGAAAAGGAGGCAGAGCACACUAGAAAUGAGAAAGAGGAUGAUGAGCUUUUAAACAAAAGAAAUGAAGCCGUGGUGAAGGAACAGACAUACUUAGAGUCGAAGAAGGAAAAUGAGGCAACUCGCCAAAUGUCAAAAGCUGAGGAU